CCAGUGACCCCCCCUGUCCCCCCCCAGUCGUGCGGACAGCGAGGGCCAUGGCGGACGACCUGGAUUUCGCCACGGGGGACGCGGGGGCCUCGGCCACCUUCCCCAUGCAGUGCUCGGCGCUGCGCAAGAACGGCUUCGUGGUGCUCAAGGGGCGCCCCUGCAAGAUCGUGGAGAUGUCCACCUCCAAGACGGGCAAGCACGGCCACGCCAAGGUCCACUUGGUUGGUAUUGAUAUCUUCACUGGUAAAAAGUAUGAAGAUAUUUGCCCAUCAACUCAUAACAUGGAUGUUCCAAAUAUCAAGAGGAAUGAUUACCAGCUGAUAGGGAUUCAGGAUGGGUAUCUCUCCCUGCUGACAGAAAGCGGUGAAGUUCGUGAGGAUCUGAAGUUGCCAGAAGGGGAUCUUGGCAAAGAAAUAGAAGGAAAAUUCAAUGCCAAUGAAGAUGUGCAGAUAUCCGUCAUAAGUGCAAUGAAUGAAGAAUGUGCUGUAGCCAUAAAGCCUUGCAAAUAAAGAGGAUCGCCAGGCUCGGGCAACUGCUCAGGUCUGGACAAACCACAGAUCUAUAAAUUUGGUUCUUAUUGUCACCAAAGCUCUGGCCUUCACAAGCAACCUCAUUUCUUUUUUGAAUUGUUAAAAAGCAGUGCUGGAUUCUGGAUUAGUGUUGCAGGCUAACUGGCAGUUUUCAAAAUCACUGAGAUUUUAAUUCCUUAAUUGUAACUAUUUUAACAUUCCUGUGGGUUUCAGCUAUGGAUCUAAGAAACCAAUCAGGUGUUACUAGUGGAUAUAUUUUUAUUUGCUUGAGCAAAACAGUGUUUGUCUGUAUGAACAGACAAAAUACAGUAUUCAGGGGCUUUUAGAUAAGCUGGUAGGUUAUCUAGGAUUAUAAAGUGACCUAGAGCACAAAUAGUAUUUUUCUUGACAUGUUUAGGUAGAACUGACAAUAAAAGUAGCAAUUUUUUUUUUUUUUUUUUAAAAGCUUAAGUAUUUUGUGGAUUGGGACUCUUGCAGAACUGUAGGUGCCAAUCGCAACUUUUAGACCAAGAAACUCAAGUGAUCAAAAAUGCCAGCUGGCUUGACCAAGCCCCAGUGGCCAUGUGCAACUUAACUGUAUUACCUCUGUAUUCUUCUUUGCCAACUUGUUGGCUUAUUGUAAUGAUAAAAUGGUGUCAAAGCCUACCUGUGGUUUAGGCAGGCAGUUGGAAUAUUGGGUAGAUGAGACAUAGACAGGUCAAGGGGACACAAAGGUGAGAAUGGAUGUUAAAGCUAUAGACUUUCACUCGAGGCCUUUGUCAGACUUGAAAAAUAAAAUAGAAAAAUGCAGUUCAAUUGCUUUCCUUUAUUGUAUUUAUCUUAAACUAUAAAAGGGUGACAAACUCCAUGGGAAUCUGUUGCAGUGCUUCCAGCUUUAGGUUUUAAUCUUCAGGUUCAGACCAUAUUUUUGUAGCACAGGGACCACAUGUUUUUCAAAAAGUGGGACAAACUGUAGCAUUAAGCCUAAACUAAAUGCAUGUGAUUCUUUUUAGAAAAAAAAAAAACUAUUGUAUUUUCAAAAUAUAGACUUGACAGACGAUA